UGUAUCACUUCACUUCCCUUUGCUAUCUUAGCAUAAACAGCUACAAAGCAAGUGGAUUUGUAAAUCGUACAGUGCUGCGAAGCCCAAUUUUUUUUAGAGCAUUUUUUUUUUUAUUAGCAACGUUUACAUUCAACACAAACAUGUCGCACACAAUCCUGUUGGUUCAGCCCACCAAGAGACCCGAAGGCCGGACAUAUGCUGACUACGAGUCGGUGAAUGAAUGCAUGGAAGGUGUGUGCAAAAUGUAUGAAGAGCAUCUCAAGAGGAUGAAUCCAAACAGUCCAUCCAUCACAUACGAUAUUAGUCAGUUGUUUGACUUCAUUGACGACUUGGCAGACCUGAGCUGUCUUGUUUACAGAGCGGACACCCAAACAUACCAGCCGUACAACAAAGACUGGAUCAAGGAGAAGAUUUACGUCCUGCUGAGACGUCAAGCUCACCAAGCAGGGAAGUAAACAGAUGAUUUUCAGGUUGUCCUUCUAAAUGCAUCUCGAAGGAAUGUAUGGAGCACAGCUACAUUUCAAAAACUUCUCAAGAGUUCUGUGCGAUAGAGGACGAUGUUCUAUGAUGAUGUUGGGUCAGGGUCACCUAGCUGUGGCCUUGUAGUUUCGAACUGGGUUACACUUUUUUUUACUUGCUAUUCUCAAUAACGUGACCAAGCCAAUUCACGUUUGGUUUGUAUUUGAUUGCAGUAUAUUUAAAAUUUGUGGGACUUGACCUCCCCGAAAUUUACAAGAGUUAUGUUAUUCUGACCACAGUGGUUCUGUCUUUUUUUUUUUGGGAUAAACUGUUUGUUUUUACAUUCGAUCUGAUUCCAAGGAAACGGCAUUGUGGGGCCGUUUUCUUUUGAUUCAAAUGUAAUCAUUUUGGUAUUGGGAGUGUUCUUUAAUAAACAACUUUAAAGUUAUAACAUAUCUGUUGUCAUUUGAAAGUCUGCAUUAAUUUGUGUGCACUCAUACAUAUAGAAGGUCUUAUUGGAUGAAUUCACCACAGAUACACACAUGCUAAAACGGGGGAAAUUCUGUAAAUGGUGCCCUGUUACAUGAACAUUUUUACUAAAUUGGAUGCUGGAAUGUGCAAAAUUUUUACAUUAAAUGGUUUCAAAAGUAUUUUGAAAUGUAAAAAAUG